UUUGCGAAGCUUGUUCCUUUAUUGGGUGGUGGCUAUAAACUUUUCUGUUAGUUGAAUCCGGUUAGCUCAACGUUGGAAUGUUAGAGGGAAGUUAAAAUUUAGGUGAAGUUAAAAGUUGAAAUUUUCAGUAGAUUUCAAGUUCGACUGAUUCGGCAUAGUGAAUAGAAACUUUGCUAAAUAUUUUAGGAAUCUAGUGAAGGCUAGGUCUGGGCACUUGUUAGCAAGUCGCACAUUAGCUAACAACUAGUUAGGUUAGCUAACUUGUAAAGGCACACAAGCCGAAGGAAAACGCUUCCAGAUAUCACAGACCAAUGCAGGCCAUAAAGUGCGUCGUUGUGGGGGACGGGGCGGUUGGUAAGACAUGCCUACUGAUCAGCUACACAACCAAUGCAUUCCCUGGAGAGUAUAUCCCCACAGUAUUUGAUAAUUACUCUGCAAAUGUUAUGGUGGAUGGCAAACCAGUCAAUCUGGGUCUGUGGGACACAGCCGGACAGGAAGACUAUGAUAGGCUCCGCCCUCUCUCCUACCCUCAGACAGAUGUGUUUCUCAUCUGCUUCUCCCUCGUAAGUCCUGCCUCUUUUGAAAACGUCCGUGCCAAGUGGUAUCCAGAAGUAAGACACCAUUGUCCCAACACACCAAUUAUCCUUGUGGGAACCAAGCUCGAUCUGAGGGAUGACAAGGACACCAUUGAGAAGCUCAAGGAGAAGAAGCUCACUCCCAUAACCUACCCUCAAGGCCUGGCCAUGGCUAAGGAGAUUGGAGCUGUUAAAUAUCUGGAAUGCUCAGCACUGACGCAGCGUGGCCUUAAGACGGUGUUCGACGAGGCCAUCCGAGCCGUGCUUUGCCCCCCUCCAGUGAAGAAGAGGAAGAGGAAAUGUUCCCUCCUGUAGGCACUGUGAUCCCAGCUGUAUUUAGAGAGAGACGAAUGAGGUGGCAUGUUCAUUCUGCUUCCCUCUUCUUUGUGGCGACCAGUACAAGUUUUAUCUUCACAAAACUGAUAAUCUCUAGAUGUAGGAAUGGGACAGAUUGACCAGAAAUUCAUCUUUGCUUAGACAGAAACAUGCUGAACAUUAGAAUAUUCCUGCGGCCUUUGAACACAGAUUUGUGAAGUUGUCCUAUAACGGUUCACGUUCUUUUAAGAGCUUGUUUACAGUUUAUGUUGGAUUAGCAUGAAGGUCUUGCCAAAUAGCACUACAUUAUGUAGUAUCUGCAUUACAAACACUAUAACUGCAUUACAAACACUAUAAUUGUUGUAUUUUCUUCUGACUUGAAAAAUGAUUGAACAAGAGCUAAUGAAUAAGGUAGGCAAGACAGAAUGCCAGUUUUAACAUAUUCAUUAACUAUUGAUGGGGUUUGUUCUGUCACCUUAAAAAAAUCUGGCUGUAGUCAUGGAUACAGGACAUUACUGGCAAUGUUUGAAUUACUUCUUUAUAACUGUUUGCUGUACAUUGUUUACUUCACACUGUAAAACAGUUGGCCCUAAAUAACACAGCUUCAGAGAUGUUGGAAAAGAAGCACAGAUAUACCUCCUGUUCACCCCAGGGUUGGGCUCGACUGGGUGUGUACAACCUACUCUACAUAAACUUCCCUAAAUACAAAAAAUAAAGGUUAUGUGCUGAGGCAUGUAUAUGAAAGGACACUACAUCAUACUAUUAGAAUCCUUAAGUGUUUUAAUGCAUUUACAAUAAACCUUUAAAACAGC